AUGUCUUCUCAGUUCGCCGCCUGCAAAGCCCUCAAGGAGCUGCAGCACCAAAAAGAAAGAAACUGUAAUUUGAGAGAAUUAAUCAAAGACGAUGAGCGUAACCAGCGCAUGUACAGAGAGUUCGGAGGCGCCUGCAUGGACUUCAGCCGCCAGCUGCUGGACAAGAAUGGCCUCGAUGCCCUAAUGAAGCUGGCGGAGGAGCGACAGGUGGAGGCGAAGGUGAAGGCGAUGUUUCAGGGAGAUAAAAUAAACUCCACAGAACAACGCAGAGUUCUUCAUGUUGCUUUAAGAGCUCCAAAAGAAAAUAAAAUUCUUCUCGAAGGAAAUAAUAUAAUUGAAGAAGUCCACAGUGUCCUCCGCAGAAUCAAGGAUUUCUCCAACAAAAUCCGCUCCGGGGAGCUGCGGGGUGCCACCGGGGCGGUUUUGAAGAACCUGAUUUGCGUGGGGAUUGGGGGAAGUUAUUUGGGGACUGAAUUUGUGGUGGAGAGUUUGAGGGUUUUGAAAAAAGAAGAAUCAAAAGGAAGACAAAUAAGGUUUCUGGCGAACGUGGACCCCACAGACGUGGCCCGCAGCGUGGAGGGACUGUCUCCAGAGGAGACUCUUGUUUUGAUCAUCAGCAAAACUUUCACAACUGCGGAGACAAUUCUGAAUGCCCGGUCUCUGAAGCACUGGCUGCUACAGGGCAUUGGCCGCGAGGACCAAAUUGGCCUGCAUCUUUGCGCCGUCAGCACCAACCUGGAGCUCACAGCCAAGUUUGGCAUUCAAGACGACAGAGUCUUCGGCUUCUGGGACUGGGUUGGCGGGCGUUUCUCGGUGACUUCAGCUGUAGGGGUUUUGCCUCUGGCCAUUCAUUAUGGCUAUGACGUUGUUGAGGAGUUCCUGAAGGGCUGCCAUGCAAUGGACCAGCACUUCUUGACGGCCCCAGUGUCCGAAAACCUCCCAAUGCUGAUGGGCCUUUGCUCAGUCUUCAACUCUUCAGUUUUGGGACUCAACUGCGUCGCAGUGCUGCCUUACUCCCAGGCGAUGCACAGAUUUGCUGCCCACAUUCAGCAGCUCACGAUGGAGAGCAACGGCAAAGGCGUGGACCUUGAGGGCAACAAAUUGGAAUAUGAGGCGGGAGAGAUUUACUUCGGAGAACCAGGGACCAAUGGUCAACACAGGUCUGCUGCUGCUGUUGCUGCUGCUGCUGCUGCUGCUUCUGCUGCUGUUCAGUCCUCUGCUGCUGCUGCUGCUGUUCAGUCCACUGCUGCUUCUGUUGCUGUUCAGUCUGCUGCUGCUGUUGCUGCUGCUGUUGAGUCCGCUGCUGCUGCUGCUGCUGGUCGGGCCGCUGCUGCUGCUGCUAAGGUUGCUCUUGCUCAGGUUGCUGCUGCAUCUGCUGCUCAGGCUGCGGGUGCUGCUCUUCCGGCUGCUGCUGCUGCUUAG